AUGAGUUCCCUCAAGCUGCAGAAGAGGCUUGCAGCCUCUGUUAUGCGAUGCGGUAAAAAGAAGGUGUGGCUUGAUCCAAAUGAGAUCAAUGAAAUCGCAAACACCAACUCCCGACAGAACAUCCGUAAGAUGAUCAAGGAUGGUCUCGUCAUCAAGAAGCCUGUGGCAGUACAUUCCCGUGCUCGCGUCCGUAAGAACACAGAGGCAAGAAGGAAAGGUCGUCACUGUGGUUUUGGUAAAAGAAGGGGUACAGCUAAUGCACGUAUGCCUCAAAAAGAACUCUGGGUACAACGGCAAAGGGUAUUACGUAAACUGCUCCUGAAAUACAGAACAGCUAAGAAGAUUGACAGGCAUCUAUACCAUGCUCUGUACAUGAAGGCAAAGGGUAAUGUGUUCAAGAACAAGCGUGUAUUGAUGGAGUAUAUCCACAGGAAGAAGGCUGAGAAGGCUAGGACUAAGAUGCUUAGUGACCAAGCGGAGGCCCGCCGUAACAAAGUGAAAGAGGCGCGCAAACGCCGCGAGGAGCGUAUCGCUGCCAAGAAGGAGGAGCUUUUGCAGACGUUCGCGCGGGAAGAUGAGGCCGCCGUCACCGCUAAAAAGUGA